ACUUGGAUAAAAAUUUGCUCAGGGACGUCAAUUAAAAAUUACUCUUGUUUCCACGUAUUAAACAAGAAACUGAUUGAAAUUUGAAUUUUCUAUUUUCCAUCCUAUUUCUCAACCCCACAACCUCACUCUCCCAAUUGGAGCUUAAAAGCAGUAAUUACCAACUCUCCUCCUGGUUCAACCUCCUCCUCUGUUACACUUGAGAUUCUCUAAACCACUACCUCUUCUCACCAUCAUCAUCAAGAGAUGAAAGGCAUAGACAUCUUGUGUGCAUCACAGGCAUCAACAGCCAUAUGUCUUAGCAUGGAUCAACCCUCUUCCUCUUCUUGUACUUCUUCCAACACCACUCAAUUUGGUGGAAGAGCUAUUGACCGCCACAACCCCAUCAUCACAGAUCCUAGAAGAACCCCCUCAAGAGAUUUCAUUGACCCUAGCUCUUCUUCUCACCCUCCCAUUGACCCCAAGCCUUUGCAUGAUCUUCUUCCAAAGGCCAAGAAAAACUCCACUCCCAAGCCAAGUGGCCAGAAGAAGAAAAAUGCAACAAAGGGUCAUGAUCAGAAGAAGAAAAGUGCUAAGGGAAAGUUGACUGAACAGAUAACCAACAAUUACUCUUCAAAACCAAUUGACAGUGUUCUGCGGAGGAGUUGGGUUAGGCCACCUUCUGAUUUAAUCACUCCUCCUGGUUCAACAAGAUAUUUGCUCGGUGACACGCCUUCCUUUGAUGCUGCAUCAGGUUGUGAUCCUGUGAUGGCUUUAGCCAAGGUUGAUAAGGACAAAGCUCAAGUCCUUCAUCAAGAUGAAAACAAUCAUUCAUCUAAACGUUCUAGCUCCUCUCUUCCAAAAACUGGUUCUUCCGACCAGAUUGUAGUAUUGAGGGUUUCUCUGCACUGCAAAGGUUGUGAAGGGAAGGUCAGGAAACAUCUCUCUAGAAUGCGAGGAGUUAAGUCCUUCAACAUAGACUUUGUGGCAAAGAAGGUUACAGUAGUUGGUGACGUGACUCCUUUGAGCGUAUUGGCAAGCAUAUCAAAGGUGAAGAAUGCACAAUUUUGGCCAGAACCUGCUUCAGUAAUUGGAUCUGGUAUUGCAUGAACAAAAAAAAUGUAAUCUAAUUAGAAAAGAAAGUAGACUAUUGGUAUUGUUGUACUUUUUUUUAUGUCACAACUUCAAGGUUCGAACUCGUGAAUUGGGUAGUAAUUUAGUUAGUGUAAAUACAAAUGUUAGCUAGUACUAGUAGCUUUAGCUU